ACGUUAAGUCGGAAUUAGUUUCGACUGUUCGAAAUUGUCUGGAGCAAAUAAAUCCGCCAUAGGUAUAAGCGCCAGGAUCGACCGACAGUGAGCCAUCGAAUAUAAACGAACAGUCCAGCUCUGUAUUAGCCGGGCAAUUUUACUUUCCGUUCCAUUCUUCGGCGUGGUAUUUGGUGUGAAUGCAGCCAGAGGACUCGGCCAUACCUCCACCUUCUCAUCGAAGUUUCUCACUUCGCUUUCACUGAGAGAAUAUACCGCCACGGUGACACAGUGCGCCAGUGAUUACGAAAACGUAAAGAUCGAUCGAGUCUUGAGAAACAAUGAGAGGUGUCGUCAUCACGCUUGUUGCCCUGUUGGGUGUCAGCCUUGCCGAUGUAUCUCACAUCGUCCCCCACAACAGCGGCGUCACUGAAACGACUUCGCCGUCACCUCCGUCACCCUACAGCUUCCAAUACGCCGCAGGCAGAUAUCCGGGUCACAUUGACCGCGUUCACCAAGAGGCUGGAGAUGGCGUUGGCACUAUUCACGGAAUGUACUCCUACGUCGAUCCGAAAUUCAAAGUGCGGACCGUCGAGUACAUCGCGGAUAAAACCGGCUUUCAUCCUCACCUGACGAACUUUGAGGAUACUCAGACCGUUCCGGUCGACUCCGAAGCCGUUCAACUUGCCAAGCAAAAACACCAGGCUCUCUACGAGCACAUUGCUAAUGCACACGCUCAAGGGGUUCCAGCAAAUGCACCGGCGGAAUCAGCCAGCGUUCUGCGAGCGAAGGAACGACAUUUACGACUUUAUGCCAAGAUUGCCGAUCAGCAUGCUGCCAUUGCUGCAGAAAGAGAAGCCGAACGUCUCGCGUUUGAAGCCACGUCUGUGGCUAACGAUGUCGAGGAGCGACAAAUCUACUAAUAAUCAUCUUUCGUUACGACGAUUCUCGAUCUUGACGCCAAGGAUGAAUAAACAACUCGAUUAGCUAUAUACACUAUGCCAGAUUUGUAUAGCUACUAGCGGUGAAAUUAAGCUAUAAUUAACGGUCAAUUUAACUCACUGGAUGAUGUUGCAUCGAUUUCUAUAAUAGUAUCACAAGUACGUCGCAACUUCAUUGAACUCUUUGAAAAAUUGCCCUAUAUCAGAUAAUUAAUAAUGUAAUAAAUCAAAUAUGUUAUCCAUUAUUCGUACAAAUUUAGUAAACGUUUAUGUUUUAUGCGAAUCCAA